AUCAUGUCAAUCUAUACAAAUUUCACAAUGACAAACUGAUUCAACCAGCUGUGAAAUAUAUAAAAAUUGCGUCUUAUUGUAUAUUUUACAGUUUAAUCGUCUUGAAACUAUUUGUUUACUAAUACUUUUCGUUGUAACGUCAUAUAGUUACGAGAAGAAGUUGAAAAAAUGGCAUACGCCUACUUAUUCAAAUACAUCAUCAUCGGUGACACAGGUGUUGGCAAAUCAUGCCUACUACUACAGUUCACGGACAAAAGGUUCCAACCUGUUCAUGAUCUCACAAUAGGUGUAGAAUUUGGUGCUCGUAUGAUCACCAUUGAUGGCAAGCAAAUCAAACUGCAGAUAUGGGAUACAGCUGGACAGGAAGCAUUCAGAUCAAUCACCCGAUCAUACUACAGGGGUGCUGCUGGUGCUCUUUUAGUGUAUGAUAUCACUAGAAGGGACACAUUCAACCAUCUCACCACUUGGCUUGAAGAUGCGCGUCAGCACUCCAAUUCGAAUAUGGUCAUAAUGUUAAUUGGUAACAAAAGUGAUUUAGAGUCACGACGUGAAGUGAAGAAAGAGGAAGGAGAAGCAUUCGCGCGUGAACAUGGUCUCGUCUUCAUGGAGACAUCGGCUAAGACGGCAGCCAAUGUCGAAGAAGCAUUCAUAAACACAGCCAAAGAGAUCUAUGAGAAAAUCCAAGAAGGAGUGUUUGAUAUCAACAAUGAGGCAAACGGCAUCAAAAUCGGACCGCAACACUCGACAAGCGGCGGUGCGAGCGGAGCCGGCGGCGCGGGCGCUGCCGGCGCGGCUGGCGGUGGCUGCUGUUAGGUGCUGCACUGCACACACUGAGCGGGAGGGCUGCCCAUUAGAACGGGCUGAUGAGGAGGAUGCAGCUGUGUGCAACAAACAAUGAAACGGAACUUACUGUAUGCCGGAUUAUUAGAUUUAUUUUAUUACGCUACAGAAUAGCUUAAAUCUGAACUCACUAUAAUACUAAUGCCUCUCUGGCACAUUUGUAAUUCAUAGUGUUAGUCAAUAUUACUGAAAUUAAUUACAGAGAUAAAUAUUAAAAAUUUCGAAUUAAAUACCACCUUUCAUCUUCUCAGAAUGUAUCCACCAUUUCAGAGGUGCUAACUUCAAUAGAAUUAGAAUCUCUUUCAAAAAAUGUUAUUGAAAGUGAACAUUAACAAACUUAUUUCUAUCUUGGAUUUUUCAUUAGUGGUGGUACUAGAUUAUGGCUCUUAAUUAAAUAAAUAAUAAGACAUCAUGUAUAAGUGCAUAAAGUAAGUUACACAGUUCAUACAGCAGAACCAUUUCAUUGAUUAUGUUAAUUUGACCAAGGUGUAGACCAUGCAUAGAUAAUUCAUAUAAUUGAUGAUGAUCAAGACCGAUCAUUAUAUUCACCUUAAUGUACCUAAUUAAAUUGUUACCAAUAAUUUGGACGACCCACUUGGAACCAUUCAUUACAUGGCGUAUAGUUCUACGACAUUAUUAAUAGACCCUUCACAAAUAUGAAAAAAUGCUUUUAUAUAAAUUUGUGUGCAUGUAUAUUUGUGUACAUUUUAUUUGCAAUGUCAUUUAUGAACGUUUCUCUAUAAUUUGGCAUUUAUUUAUAAAAGUACAUGAAUGUUGUGUAAAACAUAGUAAUUAAUGAUGUUGUUUUGUUCAUAUUUUAUUUUGUCGAUUGAUACGAAAAGUAUGGGUAUAUGAUGUAAACAAUUUCUAUUAUCUAUUAUAUUAUAUUGAAGUGAUUAUUGUAAUGGGAUAUCAUGAUUUAUAUUAUUGACUUAAUAUUGAAUUAUUCGUUUUCCAUCACAGAAUAAGCGCAUGAUAGGAUAUAAAAUAAAUAUUCUUAUAUCAAUAACUAAGUAAUUAUUAUUUAAUACCUGGAUCUCUGUGAAAUUACUACUGUGUCAAGCUAUAACUAUUUUAUUGUUAUUGAGAAAAUUGUUUGGUAAACUUGAACUUUUGAUACCUUGCAUACUGCAACUUUUGUAUAGAAUUUAAAUAUAUCGUCGUAAUAAUCUCCCAUCUUCCUUUAUUUAUAGAUAUUUGUAUACUUUAGGUGGAGGCCUAUUAAAUAUUUUGCACAAUGAAAAUUAUAUUAAACAGAUGGAACAUUUUAAACUUACAAAGAUAUAUUUCUUAUUUAAUCAGACUGCUUGCAAGGUAAUGAAAGACAUGAUUACAAAAUAGGUUAAAUUAAGUUUAGCACAUUGUAAUAUGAUAAAGUAUUUUGUAAGGUUACAUAUGCAACACAUUUGUAAGGUGUAAUUCAUGAGAGUAAAUGUUGAAAAACAAUUU